GCCAGAACAAUCUGAGCUUCUGGAUUCCCCAAUGUUCAAUUUUGGAUCGCUAGAAUAGAUCGCGUCCUCGGGGCGGCGACCAACCAGAACGGCGGCGGCGUUGCAUCGGAGGGAGAGAGCUCCAUAUCAGAUGGUUGGAUUGAAUCGAAAAGUUAGCAUAUGAUCGACAGCGUGGGAUGUCUGAGAAGGAGAAGAGGGCAGCCUUUCAGUUCUUGUUCGCUUCUUUGUUUGCUCGGUGCUUAUUCUUUAAUCUUUAUACGUGCCAUUAAUGGCGAGGAGGGCCAUGGUGGAUUAUUUGGGGGUUACAGUUGUUUGGUUUGGCUGCUUCUUUCGCGUCGCGUGAGAGAGAGGCGAAGAUCAGUAAGAGGUAAAGGAAAAGAACAGCCUUUGCUCUCUCUCUCUCUCUCUCUCUCUCUGCUGCUGUCACUGCUCUAAAUCAUUUCUUCGGCUUUGUUCAAUGCAUUUCUUUCCCUAAUCUUUGACUCUUUUGAUUUGGUUCAGCGCCGCUUCGCUCCUUGUGUUCAAGUUAGUGGCCGAGAGAGGGAUCAGAGCACCGGAUGCGAUUGACCAAUAUUCAAGGGAUUGUUGCAGUGAAAUCAAGCUGUUCUUAAAUGCUUGAGUAGAAGCACAUAGCUUAAAGAAGAUGGAAGAUAUUUUCUUAGUUGGACAAGAAUCAUCAGAUGAAAAGCUUACCUCAUCUCAUAGUCAAAAGAAUAGUUUAACAAAUGAAGAUGACAACCGCUUCACUCUUUUUGAGGGUCAAGUGCAGUGUGAUUGCGAGAACCUUUCCAGCAAGGUACCAUUGAUCAUGGAUAUCAAGGAUCUGAAAAGUGGAAGAUGUUUGAUAGAUAAAUCUCGUCCUUGCACCAGCCAACCCAUUUUCGCAAAUUCUUCAUAUGUGACGAGUACCAGUAAUGGCAAUGCACCACUUUGCAUUCAUUCAGCAAAGCUAAGUUUCGACUCUUUUCACAUCCUCUGCAGAAAGAGUUCAUUGUCAAGUAUCCCUUCCAGGCACACACUCUAUGGUUACGGCCCAAACUUUAAGCAGCGAGUGAAAUCUCGAAGUGUAUGCAGCCUGACUGAUCUCAUUGUUGAAUGUUCACCUACAGUGCAGACAGGGAAUUUACUUCUGCACCCCUCAACCGGAUUGCUUCUUCGUUCAGUAAACGAAACUUUGAAAAGAACAGUCCUAACGAAGAGUGCAGUGGAUUUUCAGUCAGCUCUUCAAGAUGGUAUGAAACAGAUCAUGACAAAGACGAUCAGCGUAAGUGACGAUAAAACAAUGGAGGAGUUAAUUUCCCAUGAGAGGCAUUUUUGUUGCUCAAGUUCGAACUCAAAGUCAUUGUGCCAGUCUAAUUCAUCCAACUCAGCUCUUCUUCAGUGUGUCUGGGAGAACAGGUAUCCCUUCUUCCUGUUCUCUGUGGGCAAGGAUCAUGGGAAGAGCAUAUACGUUGCCAGUCCACAUGAUACCAACAAUUCUUCAAUUGACAAGGCCCUCGACUAUAUCUAUCUGUUUCAUAGACACACUGAAAAAAUAAAGGAAUCAAAUCAUAGUGUUUCUAACUUGGUUGCUAAGAUGAAGGUAAGAAGUUUUCUGCUUCUUGGUUCUGGCAGACCCAAUUGCACCGAAACUGAAUUUGUUCUGUCAGCUGCCAAUGAGGACCUUUCGAGUGGGCUGCAAACAUUCACAUCUAGUCUUGUUAAAAGCAAGGAACUACCCUGUAGAUUGUCUGAAAUAUUUCGGUUAAAUCGCCAUUCAAGAUCUCAUUCAAUACAAAAGGUUGGUGGUUUGAGCUCUCAGCUUGAGGAACUGCAAGAACUUCAUACAAGUAAGCUAGGGAUGAUUGAUGAAGCAGGUUGCCGGAAGGUUCCUUUUGCCGAUUUCCCUCGUUGUCUUGAGUUGGCUGCAAUAGUUGUAAAAACUUUUAGCUUUGCUAGGAACGAGGGGGCAUCAUCACCUGGUGGUUGGGGUCUCAAAUUUCUCGAGAAAGGCGAAGUUAAUGAUGCCAGUGCUUCUCGAGCGUCUCUAUGUUCUUCUGGAUCCAAGCUAAAUGAGCAUUGGAGAUCAGAUAUAAAUGUGAAUGUUCUUAUCCCUGCUGGGAUUCAUGGUGGCCCGAUUUCUGGAAUCACUGGCCCUUCUAGUCUCAUCGACAGAUGGAUGUCCAAUGGGCAAUGUGAUUGUAGCGGCUGGGACGUCGGGUGUCCAUUGACGGUACUUAACAACAAUUCCGAGGAGGAUUCGAAAUCUCUCAACCUGACUAUGGAGGGUGCCAAGGGCGAACCGGUUUUCGAGAUGUGCUGCUUAAACAAAGACCUCUACAACAUCCACUUCCAAACAAGUCUUUCAGCUCUUCAGUCAUUCUCCAUUGCUGUGGCAAUCGUCCAUUCACAAAUCCCCAGCCUUUAUCCAAAAUACUAAGCCACUAUCUUAAUACUCUGUAAUUGUUUUUCCUUUUUUUCCUUUUUCCUGUUUCCUUCCUUUUUUUAUAUAAAAAAAAGUCGAGGGAUUACAAACUUUAGUUGUUAUAGUUUUUAACUAGCUUUCCCCCAUUCUUUACGCUACUGCAAUGUAGUUUACCUUGACAUUGUAAAAAUACAAAGAGCUGAUUUUUCUCAAUCUUGUUUUCCUUCA